AUGCUGGCACCAGGCUGGGAGCAAGUACAAGAUGCACAAGGGCGUGUAUUCUACGUCAACCACGAUACCAAGGAGACGUCGUGGACACCGCCGUCGUCGCUUCCGCUGCCCCCUGGAUGGGAAGAGCUACGCGAUGCCCAGGGACGUGUGUACUUUGUGGACCAUGCCACGCGCACGACAACAUGGAUUGACCCGCGCGAAUCUCAACUCCACCAAAUGGCCAACGAGUUGGAUCGAUAUGCCAAUCAAUCCUCUCGAGACUCCACGACUCUCUCUUCUGUGGAACCUACGGUGGAGUAUGCACCUACGUCGCCGGUGGACUUCUCCCAACCAUCUAUUGCCGCGGCGGCAGUCCAUCGUGGCAGCAUGCCGUCGCUGUCAUCGCCUGUCCAACCCCCCAUCCUCCGUUCGUCGUCCUCUGGGUCGUCCACCCUCCACCUCUCCAUCUCCACACCCCUUGUCCGUACGUCGUCCUUUGGCGGCACCGCCCUCUCGUCGUACUUUCCGCCCGUGGUGGUUCCCGACGGUGCCCGACAAGACUGCACGCAAUGCCGGUUAAAAUUUGGCGUCCUCCGCCGUCGACACCAUUGUCGGCUCUGUGGUGGCCUCUAUUGUGCGGAAUGCGCCGACUUCAAGGUAUCCAUCCCAACCCUCGAAGGUCGAGCUACGGUAUGCCGUCGAUGCCACCGGAAUGCACUGGCAAACGACUUUUACUCGAUUGGGAGCUUGGUCACGUUGCUGAUAAAGCAACCAGGCAGUGUGCCCCAAAAAGUGGAAAAAUUGCGCGCAUUGGCCAUCGCGUUGAGCGCUGGGCGCAAGGAAUCGGAUGCUUCGAUGGGCCCAGAACCGUUGGCGCAACUCAACGACCUCGCCAGCGUUGGAGGCAUCAGCGUGCUGUGCGAUCUGCUCCAUCCCACCGACCCACAAGACGUCCAGAUCCAUGUGCUCAUGGUGCUAGCCAACAGCCUCGCCCUGUACAACGCCGUCAGCAAAUCGCAUGCCGCCGACUCGUUCACGCAGUCGGGGGCAUGCCAGCCGUUGAUUCAGUGCUUGUCGAGCGGGGUGGAGGACUUGGAGCUCCAGUCUAUUCGCACCAUGUUUCACUUGUGUAAGGCCAAGGGCACCACUGGUCAGGACGCCCUACGUCGAGUCGGAGCAACGGUCCAGCUGUGCGAGCUCUUGAGUGCGUCGUCUGAUGCGUCCGUGCCAGUCAAGAUGGACGCGACCAAGUGUUUACACGUGUACAUGGUCAACAACCCCGCGUGUCGAGAUGAAGUGGUGGGGCACAACGGCCUGACGAUCUUGGUUCAAACGCUGCUGCUUUUGACGGCUACGAGCCCCGACGCCGACGUGGACGUGGUAGUGGAGACGCUGCUGCUGUGUCUCGAGUCCGAGUUCGUCCAGCAGUACCCGAUUGAACGGGCGUUCGUCGCGCCUUUGUUUGGUGCGCUUCAGCCGCAUUUUGUGUCCGAGCCGGCCACAUUGACGUUGACGACGGCACUGGUGGCGGCCGACCACGCGCGGUACGCGGCCGUGUGCGCGACCCUGGCGGGGGUCAUGGACGCGUUGGUUUUGUGUUUGGACGAGGCCGAGGUCGUCUCCGCCGCCGCCCUCAAAGUCCUGCGCACCAUGUGCCCCGUAGGCGCGUGCCAGCCGUCCGUUGCUCGAGGAAUCGCGUCCGCAAAUGGCCUCGUGCGUGUCUUGCAAUGGCUGGCCAAAAUCACGAGCGUCAUGCCCGUUCAAAGCCAAGACGAAAACGACGAGAUAUCGUUCCAAGAGGAUCUGCUGACAAUCUUGAACGCGUUUUGCUCACAGGUGGAAUAUGUGGGGGACGUUGUGGGUUACCAGGGGGUGCCCAUCUUGUUGGCGUUGUUCACGUACCAACCCCGCGUGCUGGAACUCUCGGCGCGGGCGAUCGCGCAAUUAGCCAAAGCGUCGCCAGCAGUGCUGAACGAGCUCAUUCCGUUUGGGGCGAGCCAGGGCUUUGAACAGAUUCUGGGAAACCCCAGGGCGUCCGUGGGGACCAAAGAGUCGGCGCUCGUGUUUUACACGCUCAUGGGGGAGCGUUCGUCCGACAUUAUCCUGUCCGCGGCAGGUGCCGUCGCCCUCUUUGGCCUCGUGGAUGACCGGGCGUUGCACAAGCUUGCGCUGGGGGCGAUCGGCAGCCUCACGGGGGGGGGGUACAAUCAUCGGUCCACCCACCGGUUGGAGUUGCAGCACCAGGUCGUGGCGUCGCUGUACGGCGCGGUGCUGCAUCCGCUGCUUGUGGGUGGCACCCCCGAUCUCGACGUGUUGACUUUGGCGCUCCAGGUGGUGCGUAACACGUCGCACAUUUCGUCGGCGGUGGACUUGGGGGUUGUCGAGGCGGUCGUGGCCUGCCUCCCCCGCGAGGUUCCAGGGUUGGCAUGGGACGUGCUUGUCCAAUGCUUGCAAUGCGCAGCGGCGACCGCGUGGACCCACGUCGGCACCCUCCAAGCUGUGUACCGCCAUAUCUUGACGGUUCUAAUCGAUCAACCCGACUCGAAUGUGAUCCAGAGUUUGCUCCGCUGUUUGGAGAUUGCACUGGCCCAUCCUGGCUGGAAAACCAUCUUUGUAGCGUGGGUCCUCUCUCAGCAGCAAAUGUUUAUCGACUUUUGCGAAGCACUGGGCGAGCGCCUGGACCGAGCGUACGUGGCGCCGCGCCCGGGGGUGGAGGUGGGGACACUUCUGGCGGUCGUGUCGGCGCUGUGCCGAGUCCGCCGCCUUGUACCGCUGCUCUUGCAGGCCGACUUACACGUGAGUGUCCUGAACGGCCUGAAGUCACCGGACGACGACGUGGUUGACGUUGUGCUGGCGUGUAUGCAAGCGUUUCUGCCGCACGUUCCGUUUCAAACAGCCGCGUUAGCGCCCAACUCGGUCGUCGUCGAUCGCCUCGUGCACUUGUACAGUCUAGACAACGUCCAAGCUGCCCACUUGCUAAGCACGUUGUCGCAGAACCACGACCAGUUUCCAGUGUCCACGGCGUUUGUGACAACGUUGCUGCACCAACUCGAGAGUUCGACCGCCGCGACCCGAUCGUUGUCGGAACACAUUCUGAGCCACGUCACAGACGAACUCUUGUACGCUCAGCACCCCGUGUGGACAUAUAUUGUCGACACGCGCAACCUGCGCAUAGUCAACCACAUCCUCCUCCACAUAACCAGCCACAACCACGUGCUAAUCGCGACCAUCGGAUGUGGUCAGGUGAUUGUCGACCCCACAUCUCACGAAGCCAGCACCUUUCAGGAGGCGUUGCUGCAGUUGCUCGUCCAAUCCACCCACGUCAAGGUCCGCGGCAUGGCUGUCGAGGCGCUGGCGACGUUGGUCGUGCCCGCCAACCCUCCUCUUCCCUACAAUGAGAAUGAAGAUGUGGUUGCGGACACCAUUAGUAGUAGCAGCUCCUUCUUUACGUGUCCAUUCGCCCGAGCCAUCCUCAGCACGCUGCCGUCGCACCCGUUAGCAGUAGCCACGUUGAUCCGGUUCGCGUUGGAAACCAAGCACUGGGACCUCGAGCCGUUCUGGCAACAAGUGGCGACGUACCGCAUGCGAGCCAAGUUUGUCGAGGCAAUGCGCGACAACGUCCACGAAUCCAGCGUGGUGGCGCUCUCGGCGUUCUUGGCCUCGUCCAAACUGCUCAAAACGCGCGAAGUCAACUCGCUCGUGUCGGUGGCGUCUGGAAUUGCCCAACGAAUCAACGCCCAGCCCGACGACGACAGCUCGACCAGUAGUACUACUACAGUGUGGCUAACCCUAAUGCUGCACAUGAGUGGCGUGUCGCGGCUCGCGCACGCGAUGAUCGACGGCGGCGCCGUCGAGUGCAUGAUGGAACGCCUGGGGCAGUACGAGUCGUGCCAGACAGUGUUGAUCCACUUGCUGCGCUACAAAUCUGCGACAGAGCGCCUGCUCAAUGGCCACGGGGUCGCCCGCCUGCUGUCGCUCGUCGAUUCCAACCAAUCGAACCGCCACGUGUUGCUUGAGCUUCUCGGGAUUGUCUCCACCAUCGCACACCACCAAAAGGCGUUCCGCGUCGCAAUGCUUGGAUCCCUCAAACUGUGGGCGUCGCUGCUCCACCAAUCGAUUUCCUCGUCGUAUGACGUUGCCCUGGCUACGCUGGUCGUCCAAGUGCUGGCGUCGUUGUGUGAACUCUACGAAAUCCGAGUCCAAGUGGUCGUGGUGCCAGACAUUUACAUGGAUUUAAUCACGUGGCUACACCAUGUGGCCACGUCCUCGGACACUGCCCACGACUUGAUUCUCAAUGCAUUGACGUUGAUUCACUAUCGCGUCGUUGCAACAACAACAUCGAGCAGCCCCGCCAGUAUGUCCAAUGGCCACGACGACCAAGACCAGCAUGUCGUGUUGGAUCUCGUGCUCGGCCUAGCGGUACUCGAACGCCAAACGUACUUGUCCGUGUACUUGAAAGCCCUGGAAACGAUGCAUGCUCUAUGGAGCUCGUCCACUACUCUCUUCCACGACGAUCCCCGAUGGCGCCUCAUCUUCGAGCACUUGUCGGCCCUAUUCUUGGCCGGUUUCCCCACCGGCGCGCCGCCAGACGUCCAGACGGCGUUGCUCCCGUUUGCGACCGACUUGGGGCUCCAUCGGACGUCGAUCGUCCCCAACCAACUGCUCCAGUGGCUCGUACUAUCGUCGUUUGACGCCAACCACCCGCUGGUGUUUCCGCUCUUGGUGCAACUCGUGUGCACGUCGCCUUCGUUUGUCUUGUUUUUGAGAACCCACACCCACUUCAUGACCAGCCUUCGCGUCCUAAACCAUCCACUCGCCCGACGUAUUUACGUGCUACUGGGCCAGGACGUGUGUGUCGCCUUGUCGGACCAUGCCAAGGCUGUGGAUGGGUGUUCACUCGGGCACGGCGACGCCGACGACGAGGAUGAAGAGGACGAAGGCGCGCCGGACACGUCGGUCGGGUUUGUCGAUCAGGACGGAGCUGCGUCGUCCCCCGAAUCGCACGAAGACCCCUCCGCUGCCAACCAUCACGAUAACGACAAUGACGACCAAGCGCUUUGGAACAACCUCCCCCCCAACACCACCACGACGGGGGCCCCACAACCAACGACCGCCGCCCCGACGUCGGUUGGUUCUGCGCCCUUUGCCACGUUUGAAAACCACGACCAAGUGCUCAACAGCCGUCGCUCGUCGUCGGCUUCGACACCGUACGAUGCGACCGGCGGGUAUAGUAGUAGUACACACCCUUCGUCGCCGGCAGCCGCACCUCCGUCUGUGGCCGAGGACUCUGUCACGUGUCGGCAUUGCUCGGGCGUCGUGACUGUCCCGCCGGGGGUGCUGGCGUACUUGGACACUGUGCCGUGCCCGCAUUGCCACCUCCCGCUGGGCAGCACGUCCUCGUCGUCGUCGGCGGCGGCGUCCGACACCAAGACGGUGUCGUGUACCCAGUGCUCUCGACCUCUGCAUUUGCCCGACGGGUUGGAUCUGCCUGAAGUCAUGUGUCCCUACUGCAACGCCAUCAACAAACUCAAUCGCCACAGCUCGCCGCCCCCGCCCCCAACAUCCGGAUCUUCCCGCCCCAAGACCAUGAAGUGCGGGUACUGCUCCCACACGUUCCUCGCACAGUCCAACCAGCCGACGAUCCAGUGCCCCAAAUGCACCAACGUCUCGCGCGUCGAAGGCUUUGACUGUACUACUACUAUUACCUUUCUCCAUGUUAUCUCCUUAAUCUCAUGGCUGGUUGUAGCUAUGAUCAAGGUCAACUGUGCAAGCUGUGGCACGCUCUUGGCGCUGCCCGCCGGCGUCAAAUCGUACAAGUGUAUGAAGUGCGCGCACGUUCAAAAGUAGAAAACACGAUCUUUUGCCACCACCAGAACGUGAAACACACAACUUAUACAGUGUGUCGUACACUAUUUUUAAGUCGAAUCCAUUAAACUAAGCAAGUCGUCGGUAUCGCCUCC